CUCUCGCGGCGCUGGUAAUAGCCUUUUGAGGCCAUUCAGGAUGGCGGGUGUCAGGGUAUCAAAAUAUUUGUGCCUGGACCGAAGGUGCUCAUGGAUUCUAUCCCUUCUGUUUGUAACCCAGGGGCAUUCUGGGAUAAGGCAGUGAUACCUCAAUCGAGGCGCAUGUCUGUGAUACACAUGCCAUGUAAAGGAGGCACGGCUUGAAUACGUUCUUUUGUUGCCAGGAAAACAAGCAACACAGCGAUAUUUGACUGUAGGAGGAGCAUUUUUGGAUUCUUUGGGUAGCAGCGCUGCAGAACGUGUCUCUGCCCUGGCAGUGCUUCUCAAGGCCUCGAACGGAUGCUCUGAUGGAUCAAUACUGUCCACCGACCCAACAAUCUCAUGGGCUGGAUGUAUGUCGUACUUUUCAUUUUUCUGCCUUGUGUGGGUCUCCUCCCAACUAUCUUUCACUUUGACGGGGACGUCGACACGGGCGCCAGGGGACGAAAACGCCGAAACAAAUGACCCAUCAUUGUCACUCUCUCCGCUGUGUCUGAAAUGGGGUUUUGUAAACUCUAGAUCUGGCAAGUCAUCCCUGGAGGCAUGGGAAUCCCGGCUAUGGGUCUUGAUGUGGUCUUCAAAAUCAUACGAGUUUGUAAACGGAGACCUGCAAUGCAGGCACUGGUACCUGAACGAGUGGUUGCUGACGUGGCUAUCCAACUCCUGCUGCUCCCCAAACUCAAGGUCGCAGUGCUCGCAUCGAUAUCUGGGGAGCUGGUUGAUCUUUCCGAUCUCUCGGUUGAGAAAGGAAAGGUCUUUGGCCAGAUGGUGCGCCGAUUUGUCUUCCCUCUGGGACUGUAAAAUGGCCGGGUUGAGAGGCUGGAGCUCCAAGCGUCCAGUAGGAAACUUGUUUCCGUCUAACUUGAUCCAGGCCACAUUCGCGGCAUCUUCUUUGGCUUGCUCGAUAGAAUCCAAAUUGUACCAUCUUUGUACGGGGAUCUUUUCAUCGUGAACGUGGACGACACAAGUCCAGCACACUUUUCCAUCUGUGCGUAAAAAUUGUCCGAAUCAGCGUGGGUAUAAACCUCGUUGGAUGGCAAUACUCAUUGUAGAGAUAGAUUGCCUCACCAACCAAAUCAACGUCG